CGCCUUUGUGCACAGUUUUAUUUUCUGGGAGGGUCCGAUUCCACAGGUGAAAAGCCAUGGCGAGGAGACCGGACGAGGAGUACGAUUACCUCUUCAAGGUCGUACUAAUCGGCGAUUCGGGCGUCGGCAAGUCCAAUUUGCUCUCCCGUUUCACUCGAAACGAGUUCUGCUUGGAAUCUAAAUCCACCAUCGGCGUCGAAUUCGCCACCCGUACUCUUCAGGUUGAGGGAAGAACUGUGAAGGCUCAGAUAUGGGAUACUGCUGGCCAAGAGAGAUACAGAGCCAUAACGAGUGCAUAUUACCGUGGUGCUCUAGGAGCUGUUCUUGUAUAUGACGUCACGAAACCAAUUACUUUUGAGAAUGUAAGUCGAUGGUUGAAGGAGUUGAGGGACCACGCAGACUCUAAUAUUGUCAUUAUGCUCAUAGGAAAUAAGACUGACCUCAAGCAUCUUAGAGCUGUUGCAACAGAGGAUGCCCAAGGUUUUGCCGAAAGGGAGGGGCUCUCAUUCAUAGAAACAUCCGCUCUGGAGGCCACCAACGUGGAGAAGGCUUUUCAGACCAUCCUUUCAGAGAUAUAUCGGGUCAUAAGUAAGAAGUCACUCUCCUCAAAUGAGUCUGCAACUACUAGCAUCAAAGAAGGGAAGACUCUUGUUGUUGGCCCUCAAGAAACGAACACAAAGAAGGCAUGCUGCUCUACAUCCUGAUGGAGUCUUAUCUGUUCAUAUCACCCCUUGCCCCAGAUUACCUGCCUGUCUUUUCAGUUACCCUUUUCCUACAUAUUUGUCCAAGUCAUUGUACCAUUCUUGUGGCUAGAUGUUGUUAGCUGCUUGAUUGGGAACAAGGCUUUUCAGGAAUGUUGUUGGACAAGUAUAUUGCUUACUAGUAUUACUAUUUUGCAUAUUGAACACAAAAUUUGAUUGAGUGGAAAGAGUUCAAUGGAAAGCUAUCUGAGAUCACUGUUAUUCUUGAAA